AUGCCGGGCUUGCUGCGGAAACUGGCCAUCGUUGCCGCGGUCGACGGCUUGAUCCUGCAUGCGCACGGCGUCAACGGACCCCGCCCCAAUAAUGGAAGUAACAACGAGGCCUCGUCGAUUCGAAUCGACUAUAAGACCAACAAGAUCACCGCAUUGCCAGCAUCGGCCUCGGGGACAUUAGAAGGCCGCGACGUUUUGGAGGCGUACGGUCUGGUCGGACUCCUAUCUGUCUCAUCCUACUCAUUCCUCGUUUCCAUUACCCAGCGCCAGCAGGUCGCCCAGAUUCGCGGCCAACCCAUUUAUGUCGUCACCAAUGUUGCCGUCAUCCCUAUAUCCUCCCAAGCAGAUGCCACACACGCAAUCGCACAGGCCCGGAAAGAAGUGACACAAGAAGAGCCCGAUCUUGACUCGGGCUCUGACGAGGAUAUACCGGAUAAUGCCACUGAUGGCGCAGAAACGGAGAUCGGAAGCGUGUCCACGUCCCCUGCUCAGACCUACCACGCCCGCGGCAUGAGUGGGGGAAGUAUCGCUGAAGAUGUGAUUGAGAAACGAGUUCGGUUUGGUCGAUUUGCCGCCAACUGGCUCUCUCGUAAGAAUCUCGGUCUGCCACGGCCCGGUGCAUUGGAGAAUGACGAUGUGCCCGAGUCGCCCUUUAAUGAUAGCCCUCGAUUGUCUGGGGAAGGUUCCGAAGGAACCAGUGAAGCUACUGAUCCCGCUGCUCCGCAAGAUGCAGGUGUUGCUCAGGAUGAGGCAGACCGUCCAGGGUCUGAUCAGGCGACAGAGCUGUUGCCGAAGCUGCUCCGAUAUACGAAGUUGUUGUUUUCUUCGCACAAUUUCUUUUUUGCGUAUGAUUAUGACCUCACACGCCCAUUAAAUGCACAGGAGAACCGAAAGGCGCAGCUGCCUCUCCACAAGAUGGUGGAUCCAUUGUACUUUUGGAAUAAGCAUCUCAUGUCUACAUUUAUUGACAAAGGUGCACAUGGAUUCAUUCUUCCCUUGUUGCAAGGAUUCGUGGGUCAGCGAGAGUUCACAGUCGCUAACACUGAGAAGCCCGCGGACGAAUCUGUCAGUGAGAAACUCACUGAAGGCCGGAUACUGGGUGAAAGCCAGGAGGCCGAAGCUGUGGAGACCACGGCACCUAAGCGGAACUUUCUUUUGACUCUCAUUUCACGACGCUCAGUUAAUCGCCCCGGGUUACGCUACCUCCGUCGUGGUGUGGAUGAUGAAGGAAACACGGCCAAUACCGUCGAGACGGAGCAAAUCCUCUCAACACCAGAUUUGGAUCCUUCUCACAAUGCCUACUCAUAUCUGCAGCUGCGAGGCUCGAUCCCAUUGUACUUCUCCCAGUCGCCAUAUGCUCUCAAACCUAUCCCGGUGCUGCACCACUCCGCUGAAACAAACCAGCUUGCGUUUGCAAGACACUUCCGAGAACUGAGCCGGAGAUAUGGCAAAAUUCAGGCUGUUUCUCUAAUUGAUAAACAUGCUGGUGAACUCAAGCUGGGUGAGCAAUAUGAAAGAUAUGCUGGGGUUUUCAAUGAAGCGGGUGGCAUUGAUGGCACACCACUGCGUUUGGAGUGGUUCGACUUCCAUAACGAAUGUCGGGGUAUGAAAUUUGAGAAUGUCUCACACUUGGUCGACCGCGUGAAAGGAACUUUGGACGAAUUCGGUUAUACCAUUGUCAAAGAUGGUGCAUCGUUGUGUCGCCAGGCAGGUAUUGUUCGCACGAAUUGCAUGGACUGCCUGGACCGCACAGGAGUUGCGCAAUGUGCUUUUGGGCAGUGGGCUUUGGAGCUCCAGCUGCAAAAUGAAGGCAUCCAUAUUGACUUGGGUGGAGACUCAUCGACUCAAUGGUUCAAUACGCUCUGGGCGGAUAAUGGCGAUGCUAUCUCGAAACAGUACUCGUCCACAGCUGCGCUGAAAGGAGACUACACGAGAACCAAGAAGCGAGACUACCGCGGAGCUCUCAACGACUUAGGUCUUACGCUCUCGCGCUACUAUAAUAAUAUCGUCAACGACUAUUUCUCUCAGGCCUGCAUCGACUACCUUCUCGGAAAUGUUUCGACGCGCGUCUUUGAUGAGUUCGCCAUCGAGCUGCAAACCACCGACCCAGGCAUUUCAGUCGGCAAGAUUCGCCAAAAUGCCAUUGACACCAGCUGCAAGAUUGUCAUCAGCAGUCCCACGGAAGAAUUCCUCGGCGGCUGGACCAUGCUUACCCCCCGCCAACCGAACACCCUUCGCACCCUUCCCUUUGAAGAGUCCGUCUUGCUUCUCACCGAUGCAGCCGUGUACAGUUGCCGCUUCGACUGGGAAACAGACAAAGUACUCUCCUUCGAGCGAAUUGACCUCCGCUCCAUCUCCCGCAUCCACUACGGUACAUACAUCACGUCUAUUCUAACAGAUAGCCAGUCCGACGAACGCAGCAACGUCGGUCUGGUCAUCGUUUACCGCGACGGCGACUCCAAUGCCCUGCGCGUCAACACCCGCUCCCUGCAGACCAACGUCCCUUCGGAGAAUCUCGAAGCCACUGCCAGCUCGAACGGAGAAUGGGAUCUGGUCUCUUGGCUGCGUGGGACGAAGCGUGCCACCACGCGAUUUGUGGCGUUCAAGUCACUCCCCGUCUCGAAUCCGGCCGCUAGCCCUCGUCUUGGUCCCACUGGCGGCAGUGUGAGGGAGCUGGAUCGAGUCCGGACCAUCUGCCAGGAUAUCGAGCGGGCGAUGCUGGCCGGGGAUGGUCAGAAUAUGGAUUCGGCCUCUUGCGUUGAGAGCAUGAAUAUAAUCUCCCUGGCGGAUGCGAAGAAGCGAACGGGGUUCUUGGAGUAUCUUGUCUAUGAUGUUAAGAAGCUGGUUUGGGCUUAG